UAAAAACAGCUAUACUACUAAUGGAUAUACAGACCAUGUUAUUGUUCGGAUGGCUUGAUCCCGGUUUUAAUGAUAGGUCCGUGGUUGUACGACAGAGACGUGCGGCAUUGAAACGGCAGAAAGCAAAAGACGUCAUUCAUGAGAAACUGAGCGAUGCCAAAGAAGAUCUAAAGCGUAUCAAAAGCAAUGGGUACACCCACGAGCUGCAAAAAUGCACGGGCGUGUGUACCAGUGCCCGUGAUCCAAGGCAUGACGCUGAAACCGACUCGUAUACCUCAAACACAAAACGUUGUAGUGGCAAAAGCGUUGCAACGGGAGAUCAGAAAUGUCUCGAAGACACUCAAAGCAAUUGUGAGACAGUGAGUGCGCACAAAGGUCAUGAACCUGGCAAAGACCAUUUAAGACAAUGCACAAAAGCAUCAGGUCGACCGUUGAGAUUUCGGACUCACAUUCGUGUGUUUGUUUCAAUUUUUGUGCUCGGCGUUCUGACAGGUGCCGCUGUGAUAUUAGCAUUAAAAUUAAAAAAUGGCAAUUCACGAGAUUCAGCACAAAGUUCUAAAAACAAUAUAUCUUCAUAUUAUGCGCCAGGAUUAUGGCUUAUUGAGGGAACCCUCGAUCUCAGGCAAGAUUUUAAACCGGACCUGUACGAUCCAACUUCCGAGUUAUACAGAAACACAUCCUCGGCGUUUAUUGCAGAAAUGGAUAGGAUAAUGUCCACCAGUCCGUAUUCGUUUGCGUAUGCGGGAACGGAACUACUCGGCUUUAGUCCCGGAAGUAUAAAAUGCCAAUUUCGGAUGAGAAAUAAAGAUACGAAUGUAAAACCUUUGCCCGAGCCAGACCAAUACACGGCACAAGUCGCACGGCAUAUACGAGACGUGUCGAAAACGUCACGACUGCCUAUAGACGAAUCAACCAUCACUCUGCAAGCUAUACUGAGUCCAUUUACCAAAGAACGCUCUAUCCACACAACCAAGUCGUUUUUUAGAACAUCCGAUCUUCCAUCGACAACUGCAAAACUUUUAACGAAUGACAAUGACAAACGUGAAACAACUGAAACUACACCGCUUACUAAAACAGAUAAUUCUCUAAUAUCAAUGAUAACCCAACCAAAUAUAAAACAAACAGAGACCACUUAUUCAAGCAGCAUUCAAGCUGAAACGUUCAGUGAUCACCAUGCCGUGUUAUCAGAUAUCACAACAGACAUGAGACAAACUCAACACGCCGGACGUUACAAAGUUACCCAACCAAACCUGAUUGCGGAUAAUCCAAAUGCUUCAGAAGCAGGCAAUAAUAUAACUGACGAAAAAACAAACAGAAGUAACGUUUCAUCCAAUACAACUGAUGCUCCAAGUGAGAACAAACAAUCGAUGCGUUCUCAAUCUACUGUUAAGGAUCAACUAUUCUCUGAUAUUUCUAACACUAAUGAUAGUGUACCAACUUCUCCAACUUCAUUUUUUGGAACAAAGGAUAGUUUUCAGAACAUGACUAUAAACAAUGACUUGAUAUCUCCGGAUAAAAGCAAAUCAGCAUAUACUGAUUCAAUUUUAAAAACUAAUACGACUGUUGACAAUGAUUUAGUCAGUGAAUCGUCUCGGACCGAAUUCGUUCCGGUACCUGAACGUCACGAAAAUAUGAAUGGAAAGAUAGCUGUGCAUGGUGAUGUGUCUGAAACGCAUGACACUUCGGAUAUAUAUGAAGAAAUAAUCGCUUCGGCGAAUGAAGCCAUUCAAACCGCUACAACAAUGGCGCCGAUUAAAACUACGAAGAACACUACAUUGAAUCAUGUAGAAAUUCAAACAUCAGUCAAGGAUCAACCGCCGAUCGCCAACGCUGGAAAAGACAUUGACGCAAAAGAGUCAGAUGGUCCUGUAACGUUAGAUGGGUCAAAGAGCUCCGACGAUCAUGCCAUCGUCAGUUACCAUUGGAGUCUGGUCGCACCAGAGGGCGUACAGCUGGAUAUCUUAGGGUUGAGGACAUCGGUUGCCACGGUAACCAAGUUAGCGCCAGGGAUGUACACGUUUGGAUUAACAGUUACCGAUACUGCUGGGCAGAAGUCAAUCGACUAUGUGACAGUUACUGUCGAAAAAGAAUCUACCAUUGCUACUACAAUGGCAGACACAUGCCUGCCGGUGUCGGUUCGUACAUGCGCCUCGCGAGGGUUCACCCACACUGUGUUUCCUAACCUCCUCGGGCAAUUGAACGAGGCGGAGGCGGAAAGUUACUUCACGUCCGCCUCCCGAAGCAUCGCGAAUCAACUGUGUCAGGAGUACGCAUUGACGUACCUGUGCUCCUUGUACUUCCCCAAGUGUGACCUGGAAACUGGCAGUCAGUCGUUCCCAUGCCGGAGUCUAUGUCAAGAGGCAGUGGCUACAUGCGGCGAUUACUUUCACAACCCCAUCAACUGUGAUUACUUUAUGGACAUGGAUUGCGUUGGCAUGACAACUACGACCUUGGCCCCCAUAACAACCACACAAUCACCUAGAUGUGAAAAGACCACACACUGGCAAUGCCGUGACAUUGGUUUUGAGAUGACGCAGUUUCCGAACCACUUUAACGAACCGGACCAGUCCAGCGCCAUGCAGAGUUUCGCGUACUUCGAGAGUAUUAUAGAGAGCCGCUGCCACAGGGACAGUCUGUUCUUCAUCUGCAGCAUCCAGUUCCCGAAGUGUGCGGACGGCAUCCAGUAUAAACCGUGUCGGAAACUUUGUCAAGACGUGACGGCGACCUGUACAGAUAUCGCGAUGUUUUUCAACUGUAACAACUUCCAGGAAAUCAAUUGUAUAGCACCACAAAAGAGCAACCUAUUAUCCGGACGCAUGCACAACAAAGUAUGUACUCCGCACGAGUUUGCAUGCCAGAAGGUGAACAAGUGUAUUCCCUCUGGCAAGGUCUGCAAUGUGGUCAACGACUGCUCAGAUUGGUCGGACGAGAUGCAGUGUGUAUGCAAUCAAUACCAGUUCAAAUGCGACAUGGGGAUGUGCAUCAAGUCGUACCAGCGCUGCGAUGGAAAGCUUGACUGUCCUGACAACAGCGACGAGAAAGAUUGCAUGAAUGUUAGGGCCAUACUAGACCACGAUGGUUGUACCCACGGUCAGGUGGCAUGCCCGAGUGGCAAGUGUAUCAUGUCUGAGUGGAUGUGUGACGGGCGGUCCGAGUGCGAGGAUGGCUGGGACGAGUUCAACUGUGACGUUUGUCCGAGGAACAAGUUUAUGUGCAAGGACGAGAAUCGAACCUGCAUACCUCUUGACCGGAAGUGCAACGGUCAUCCUGACUGCCCGGAUGGAUUUGACGAGUUUGAAUGCAUCAGCGACGAGAACGGGAUGCUGCAGCUGCCGAUACGUAAGACCACUUUGCCCAUCUGCGCGAGUUCGUGGGACGAAACUAAGGGGGACGUCACGUGCGAACUGCUCGGACAUGGGCCGUAUAUUGACAAGACGGAUGUUUUCUCAAACAUGCAUACGCUGAUUGAUCUGUCACCCGACGGCGGCAUGACGUCGGUACUCGGACCGAUUCGAAUCACGCAUUCAUGUCCGGAAAAUAAAGGGCUCCGUGUCAACUGUCAGCCAAAAGGCUGCGGUAAGAGGAUGGUGUACCUGAAUCGGUUUAUAGUGAACGGAGAGAACGCAGAGCCGGGAACCUGGCCGUGGCAGGCCGCCCUCUACUUCGGCAACCAGUACUUCUGUGGGGGCACCCUCAUCAACAGGGAGUUCGUGUUGACGGCCGCGCACUGUGUAGACCGGUACACAGGCGAAUUCAGCUUGCUGACGGUGAAGCUGGGAGCCAAUAACCGCGAGCACUCAGAAACCACUCAGCGCGUCAUCAAGGUCGAGGCGAUCAAACCGCACAGCGAUCACGUGUACUUCGAGCGCAACGACAUCGCGCUUCUGCAGCUGGAGAGCCCCGUGGAGUACACGACCUACAUUCAGCCCAUAUGCCUUCCGGAGGCCACCGAACCACUACCGCUGUACUCCACGUGCUUUACGGUCGGGUGGGGGAAAGUGAAAUGGAACGGGGACUACGCGGACGUGUUGCAGCAGCUGAAGAUGACGCUGUGGGAUACAAACAAAUGUAACAGCAGUAUCGCCUGGAACGGAGACAUCUUUGAAACAUUUAUGUGCGCUGGGUACUAUUCUGGCAUUCGGUCUAUUUGCAAGUCUGACAGUGGAGGUCCUUUAUUAUGCCUUGACGGUCAGAAAACAUGGAAGUUACGGGGUAUAAACAGUUACGUAGCGAACUAUUGUAACAUGACCGAGCGUCCGAACGUGUUUACGAAUGUUGCAAUGUACCUCGACUGGAUAAACGAUAGGACAGAAUGCAAGUUCCGCUGUGAUAACGGCAAGUGUCUCUACAACAAAGACUUCAUUUGUGACCGUGUCAACAAUUGCGGCGACAACUCCGAUGAGACAAGAAUUUGCAACCGCACAGUGACCUGCGACUUCGACGACAAGUUCUUGUGCGGAUACCAGUACAAGGGAUGGGACGUGGGCUUUGAUAACAGGCGAUCCAGUAGCACAGAGAUAGAGGGCCAGCUUCAUACGCAGUCUAAUGUGCCGCAGUUUGACAACACAUUCGGACGAUAUCCCGGUCAUUUCUUCUACGGGAAACUGAAGACUGUUACAGAAGCCGAGCUGUUGUCGCCCAAGUUUACGGUCUAUGGACAGACGUGCGUUCGGUUCGCCUUCUACAUGCGUGGAAAGUUGUAUCCCCCAAUUGGCCUCGCAGUACAUCUGCAGGAGUUCUUCAACCGCACAGAUUACUCUACGACAUUAAAGCGAUGGCCGGACGCCAUCACGCUGCUGUACGAACGAGACGAGUGGCGUACGGGGUACUUCGACAUUACCUAUGAAGAGUCCAGAGAGUUCCGAGAAUUCAGACUAAAGUUUACCUCCGGGGAGUUACUCAAAACUGCAGUCGACGAUGUGCAGAUUAGGCCUGGGAUGUGCAAAAAUGUUUUGUGCAACUCUGAUCGGGAGUUCUGGUGUCGAGGUAUUGGUCGAGAAGAGGACAAGUGUAUCCCAAAACAGGCUCGCUGUAACCUCGUGGUGGACUGUAACAGUCAGCAAGACGAGCUACAGUGCACCAAACAAGACAGCUAUCUGUGCACUUUUGAGAACGGGAAUCUGUGUGGGCUCAGACAAGAAGUUGGGGACGGAACUGACUGGUGGCUCGUCAAUGCCACAUUCGUCCAGGAGGAGCUUGAUAACAAGGGGUUCCGGGACCACACUUCCGGUUCUAACGAAGGCCGCAUGUUCUUCAUCAGUGCAUACGGUAUACAGUCCAGCUCCCAUAUCUUCAUGCGGCAGGUGUUCCGCCUCAACAACGUCCAGCACUGUUUCUCCUUCUACUACCAGAUGAAGGCGGACAUCAACUUCAACAUCUACGUUGAUUGUGCUGGAUGUGUAAGACGUUCACAUGUCGCUCAAGUUACUUUUGAAGAAAACUGGACGCUGUUUCAAAUAUCGCUGAAAGAGGGCGACGUCGUUAAUGUUACCUAUGACGUCGUUGGCAACGUCAGAGAUUCAACUAAUAUCGUCAGACCUUUCAUCGCUUUAGAUGAUAUUUCUGUUAAGCCGGGAGAAUGCCCCACAUAUGUAUGCCCAGCGAACUACGCCAAGUGCCGCACCACGGACCGGUGUAUACCGACCAGCGCAAUCUGUGACAGACGAGUGGAUUGCCUGGACGAGUACGAUGAAGAGAGAUGUGUAUGUACUCCGAACGAGUUCCGGUGUCGCAGUGGACGCUGCGUCCCUAAAGUGUACAUGUGCGACAGAGUGCCCCACUGCCUGGACGGGUCAGACGAAGGGGAUGUGUGCAUUCUAUUGGGUCUGCAGUCUGUGAGCUGCACGUUCGACCACCCAUACAUGUGCGGCUACGAGUUCGUAGACUUCACUGCGUACAAGUGGAGACGGCACGCCGGCCCUACACCGUCCAAACUGAAGACAGGUCCGCAGAAUGACCACACGUUUAGAAAUCAAACAGGAUACUACAUGUAUCCCGAGGCGAACGAAGGCAGCAAGGGAGACAAUGCCUCGAUAGUCUCCCCAGUGUUCAACACCGGCUUCAGACAGAGCCUCGAGUUCUACUACCACAUCUACUCCACGUCUCCUGUGGAUACGGCCGCGGGAAUCAUGAAGGUAUGGUUGGAGGACCCUUCCACGCGCAAGGAGGUCUUGAAUUGGACGUCGGACCCUCUGGAGCUUCACGACGCCUGGUUACGUCAGUGCAUCAACGUACCGGACUUCCGUUCUCUACGUCUGUGGGUGACGGCGCUACGUACUGAGAGCACGAUCUUUGGUGUAGACAUGGCGGUGGAUGACAUCCGCCUGAACAACUAUAGGUGUGAGGAACACAGCACUGCGGCGUCUAAGAUUGUUACAACACUGCCGCCUACCACUAAAAGAUCGGGUUGCACUGCUGAACAGUUCCAAUGCAAGAAGGAUCUCUCGUGUAUCCCGAAGUCGUGGGUGUGUGACAGAAUGACUGACUGCAGAGAUAAAUCGGAUGAACAAGACUGUCCGUAAAUGACGUCAUGAAUAAUGCAAUAUAUAUCUUGUUUUGAAAUGAUGUGGAUUUUGUCGGCGGAAAACUUUGAACAGCUCAAGUCGUAUUGGAGUUUAAAGCGGGUAUAUACGAUUUUUAUAUGUGCUGAAUUGUAAAAUAUUGAUACAAAUAUGUUAUAAUAACACACAAUAUGCAAGAAAAAUGAUACAUUUAAGACGAAUUUCAUAAAAUACAGCAAAUACAAAUUAGCGCCCAGAGCCGAUUGUGACGAAGAUAAUUCGUAAUUAUUUUCCUACAAUAACCGAUGCAUUCGUCUUUUUAGUAAGUGUUCGUGUGUCGUAUGAAUCGAUAUCGCUGCAGGAAUUUCAAAUGAACCGUUAAACUAAAUUUAGAUUCACAUCGUACAUGCAUGAUAUACAUGCUGGCGAAUUCGGCUGUACAGCCUUUUUCGAUUUCAGAAUUAAAUAUCUGGCUUAUUUAGCAUUUUUCGACACAUGUUCUUCUUAACUUUUAUUUUAGUUUAUAUUGAAAUAUAUGUAUAAUAAGUUUUUACACAUUUUAUAUUAAUAAAUAAAUAUUUGACAAGAUCGUA